CAGCUCGAUUUGUGAACAUCUGUUUGGCACAGCGUGAAACCAAUUUGUAAUCUAAUCUUUUUGUUUACCAAAAAUUGUGUUUGAAAAAUGCUAAUGAAACUGUGAAUAAUUAAAACUCUUCAGUAUAAGAACUUUUUGUUUCCUUCGGCGAUGAGGGAUUCAAAUCCCCAGAUAAACAAAGCCUGUCCCACCCCAUGUCCGCUCUGUUUCAGGUGAAAUGUACUAAACAUGGAUCACAGCAAGUUCGGCAAUACAACUGACCUACGUAGGUACCUGACAGUUCAAACUGACACGCGCAGCGCGAGCGUUGUCAAGUGACGCGCGAGGGAAUUAAGAGGUGGAAAGUCCGUGGAUGAGCGCGCUGCACCAGAGUCAGCAGACACACGCGGACAUGUCACAUAUCACCCUCCGACUGGAAUGGAAAGCACUAGCUGAGUUACAAAUCAGACUGAAUAACUCUUCCACCAAGACGAAUGUCUCCGAACAGGUGUCUUGUUGGAUGCCAAAACUACCCAUCUGCCUAGACAAGUGUUUGAGAAGAGCUACAUUUGAACUUGAAGAAAUAUAUGGAUGAUAUGUUUUUUAAGAAGGUUUUUGGACAGUGAAAUGAACUAAUUUCAAGGUCACUGGAUUUCUUUUAAUGCUCUAAGUGAUCAUUCCGGGAGAGGUGAAUCAGUAGAACAAUUAAAUAAAGGAGCUUUUCCAGGUGUCAGCACUGGAAUCAUCAUGGAUCAUCUGUAAACCUCACUGUGCAGCAGGUAGUGGAACGAAUGCAGCAAUCACACGCUUUCGCUCUUCAGUGAUGAAUGACAGCUCUCCAACAUCUGAGAACAUCAUGUUUAACCAGCUGACUGCAGAUGCUCUGAACGGCAGUUGUGAUUACACCUUGCCCACGUGUAACAAUAGCACAGGUGAAGCGGCAUUGCAGCUGCCCACCUUUUCCGUGGCAGCGAAAGUGAGGGUGAUAAUUACCUUCACUCUUUGUGCAGUGUCAGCUGUGUGCAACCUCGCCGUGUUGUGGGCUGCCAGCACCAACAACAAGCGCAAAUCCCACGUACGUAUUUUAAUCAUGAACCUCACCGUUGCUGACCUCCUGGUGACUUUCAUCGUGAUGCCAGUGGAUGCGGCUUGGAACAUUACGGUUCAGUGGUUGGCGGGGGAUCUGGCUUGCAGAUUGUUAAUGUUUCUGAAGCUCGUGGCUAUGUACUCCUGUGCGUUCGUGACUGUGGUCAUAAGCCUGGACAGGCAGGCGGCCAUUCUCAACCCUCUGGCCAUCAAUAAGGCUAAGAAGAAGAACAAAAUAAUGCUGAGCGUGGCCUGGGCGAUGAGCGUUGUGCUCUCUGUCCCUCAGAUGUUUCUCUUUCACAAUGUGACCAUCACGGUGCCAGCCAAUUUCACUCAGUGCACCACCCGAGGGAGCUUCGUCAAACACUGGCAGGAGACCAUUUACAAUAUGUUCACUUUUAUUUGCCUCUUCCUGAUACCUCUGGCCAUCAUGAUCUGCUGCUACACAAGGAUCUUGGUGGAGAUCUCCCGAAGGAUGACCAAAGGAAACAUAUCUUCAAAGGAAAUCCACUUACGGCGUUCCAAUAGCAACAUCCCAAAGGCCCGUAUGAGGACUUUGAAAAUGAGCAUAGUCAUUGUGACGUCUUUCAUCGUUUGUUGGACGCCGUACUACUUGCUGGGUCUCUGGUACUGGUUCCUUCCUGACGAUUUAGAAGAGACUGUUUCUCACUCACUGACUCACAUACUGUUUAUUUUUGGACUUUUUAAUGCAAUUCUGGAUCCCAUCACUUAUGGUCUCUUCACCAUCCAUUUCCGCAAAGGACUGAAGCGUUACUGUCGCAACGCGGCCGUACUCACAGAGUCAGAAAAUAACUCAAUCAUGACGGGCUCAUUGAAAUGCUCACCAUCUCCGUUUCGCAUGAAAAGAGUGACCCAGACGACUCCAGGAGCUGAUCCAGUGAAGAAUAUGGUGAGUGGGGAAGAUAAGAAGCCAGCUGACAGUAAAAACAAGGAAUAGUGGCAACCCUACCAAUCCAUCGUUGAAAGUGUCAUUUGAUUAGAGAUACAGAUGUGACAAGGCAGGCCUUGUACUGGAUGUCUAGCUGCUCACAAGAACAAUGAGACAACAGCACAUACCUGCCUGUUCUCCUCAACAGCAUGAGACUGUUUCGAAUUGUCGCAUCUUUUGAUUCAUUCACUGAUGAGCUGCGUAAAUCCCUCAGUUACAUUUAAGGGCCAUCUGUUUUCCUGAUUCAGGUGAUUAAGUUUUGUAAUCAUUUGCACUUUACUAAAUAUGCCAAUCACAUUUCUUUUUUCUCUGCAGAUUAAUUAGACCAUUGCUUCUUGUGGCUUUUGUUGAAAAUGUCAUUUACAUCAAGGGUUUUUCUUUCUUUUUUUGCUUCUCAUUCAAAUCCAAGUAAUUCAGCAUCUCCACCUACUAUCACAAAGGGCAUUGCUCUUGAAUUGCUUGUUUGUAAGGAAAUCGUUUUCAAGAUGUGUGGAUAAUACAAAUGCAAAUUAAUGUACAUUGGUUCUUGAAUAAUUUUCUGGUGUUAAUUGGAAACGUUCGAUCGUACCUUUUCAGGAAUCUUAACCCAGCCUCUGAAGAUGGUAUCAUUUAAUGUGUAGACUUUUUAUUGAAUAGAUUCAGAAUCAGCCUCAAGAGGCCCUUUAUUACAAGUAUAAGUCUGUACUAUUGCAGGGCAGCCUGAUCUUAUAAGAAUCCAUAUUUAUUCGUAUGUGGCCACAGCCAUCUAAAGCGUUCGGCAGGGCCCCGAGUUAGAGGAAGGGGUCCCCCCUGGUUUGCCUUUUGGUCCGUUCACCGCGGGGCCAGUUGCACCACCCAAAGGACGGCUCUUUAUGUGGUGUUAACACAUACAUUUUUGUAUGUUUGCAUACAGUAUAGGCUGUUAUGUGCUAAAUGGAUGUAUUGACAGCAUCUACAAUCUAAAAGUACUUGCAUAUGCGCAGCAUUUUAAACAUACAGAUCCUUCUGAAUACUUUAUGUAUUGUUUUAUGAAUAUAUUUGUACUGUACGUUUUACAAUGUUUUGAAGUUUGAGCCCAACCCUACCAUAAAUCUAACCACUCUUCAACAAUAUAGGAAGAUAAAUGUACACCGGUACUAUUUUUUGUCACAAUAUACUAUUAUAUACACUACCAUUCAAAAGUUUAAGGUCAGUAAAAUUUUCUUUGAAAGAAAUUAUUACUUUUAUUCAGCCAUGAUGCA